AUGCUGCCCAGCAUCAGGGGCGCGAGGGUGUCUGUGGAAGGAGGAUACGGUGGAGACGGUAUGGUUGUGGUGGGAGCGGCGGAAGAGGCGUUGGGGUCGGCGCAUGAAGUCGAGGAGGAUGGCGAUGCGGGUAAUGCUACGAGGUUGGCAGAUGGGGGGAAGGAGAAGGGGGAGGUCGGCGUGGAGGCAACGACGGAAACGGGCCAGGAGGAGGCGGCCCUCGAGGGAAGUGGGAAGGUGAAAGAGUUGGCCGACCAGGUCGCCGACUCCGACGAGACUGCGGUGGAACGGCUGCGGAACGCGACGGCGGCCAUGUCGAAGACCAUUACGGGCAACAUCACCGGCAGCUUCGACGAAGCGUGGAAGACGAUGAAGACCUUCGCGGAACAGGCGUCGGCGUGGUUGGAGGACUUCGACAAUCCGGAGGGUCGUGUGGCAUGUGCACGCGCGGUAGCGGUCGACGCCUUGGCAGACCACGUGAAUGGGGUGGUGGGCGAGGCGAAGCGGGGUUUGGAGCUGUACAUUACGACGCAACUAUCCGCCACGCAGGUCAACAUCGCCACCGCCGUGACUUCCAGGCUCGCCGUACAGCCGCCGCUACCGCCUCAGCCCACGCCGCCCGCCCUCCCGGAAGAGCUCUUAAAGCCGUUCAAGGCCGACAUCAUGAAGGCGGUGACGGAGGCCACCCACCAAUCCUUCGUUGCUUCUGGGUUGAAGAUGUUGACCGAGAUGAUCGGCACUGUGGCGCCUGGUCGACGUGGGUCGUCGCCUUCGGCCAAUGACGCCGAUCACGCGCAACGGAGGGUGGCCGAUAAGCAGGCCCAGAAUAGGACGGGCGGCGGAGACGAUGCGGGGAGCGUGGAGCGGAGCAACGGAGCGGACGGGAGCCGCGGUCUAGGCGCGUCGCCGUCGGUUAAUGACGCCGAUCACGCGCAAUGGAGGGAGGCCGACAAGCAGGGCCAGAAGAGGACGGGCGGCGGAGACGGUUUGGGGAGCGUGAAGCAGAGCAAGGGAGCGGACGGGAGCCGCGGUCCAGGCGGCUCGAAGCCUGCUGCACAGAGCGUGGUCAACCAGCUGAAGAUGAAGGCGGGGUGGCAGGUGUUAAGGUCGUCGCACAGCAAGGGAGAUGGAAGCGGGGGGGCAGAUGGUGGCCCAGCCGACGGGGUUGCCGCUAAAGUCGCGGCACCGGAAGGCCCGCCUUUGGUUGCCGAGCAGACCCAUCCUCAGGCGAGCGGUGGGAAAGACGUACGCGACAAGGGGAUACCAACAGCUCAGACGGCGAAAGAUGGUGGCGCCGGAACCGCCAAGGGACCGUCCGUCGCGGUGGCGAGGUCGACGUCGAUUCCCCCUCCAGCAGCCCCAUCUGCCGCCAAGGGCGACGCCAAGGCUCCAGCAGCUGCUAAGUUGCCCACCGGUGGUGACGCGCUUAGGGAGAUGCUCCGCCGCAUGGAGGCACAUCGCAGGGACGUGCAGCAUCCUCCCGUGGUCGACGCCGGCCCUGCCGAAACAGCACGUCGCUCCGUCACCCCGCAGGUUGCCGGCACAUCGUCCGGUGCCCCACCUGCCGCGCCUCAGGUCGCCGCCCGACCGCCUGCGGACUCGAAGUCUGCGUUUUUUCGCGCCCAGUUAGUCGCACGCAAAACGGCAGCUCCACCGGUGACUCAACCGGAACCUGGCAAAAGCGCGACGCCGACGUCAGUAAAAGCGGCUGUACAUACACCCGGUGCAGCUGUGGUCGAUGUAGUGGCGGAGAAGGGUGUGCGUGCAGCACUAGCCACCGAAGGCCGAGCCGACAGGCACGCCGACAUCGCUGCUAUCGAGGCCCAUUUCGAAGCUGCAAAACGCCCCGAGCACGCCCCUGCUCUGGCCAUCAUGGACACGGCGCAUGUGCAGCGCUCCGCGACUCAUGGAGGGGGUUCGGCGGAGCCGACGGCUGCUGUCGCCGAGAGAAUUGCGGGACGAAAGGGAAAGGAUGAAUCUGGAAAGGGGAAGGCGGUCUUCCAGAGAAGCACGCGGGCGAUGUCGGCGGGGAAGGAGAUAUCGGACGAGAAAGGGAAGAAGGUGGGAGGGAAUCAGGACAAGAAGGGCGGCAAGGGUAAGUCGGCAAAGCAGAAAGCGAAGGAGGAGGAGGAGGACGAGGCGGUCGGCGAGGGAAAGAAGGAGCAUGGACGCAGGGGUCAUGGCAUCCGCCACGACAAGUCGGGCGACGGGCUAGGUUGGGUGGGCGAGAUUAAGGUAAACGGCGAGAAUCGUUACAUCGGCAAGUCAAGGGACAAGAUGGAUCUGGCCUACAAGCAUUCGAUUGCGUUUGUUGCCUACGGCUGCUACGUGAGCAGGGUGCUCAUGGACGAGCUCACAGUCUUGAAGAAUGGAAGGGGGAUCGACGACAUACUCGGCAGGUACCGUGGGUACACGGGUUCGGGUGAUGCGCUUCACGACGUGCUCUUGCCGGCGAUCUGGUUCCCCAUCAUCGACGACACGGAGGAAGGCAAGGAGGAGACGGAAGCUUUCAUGUCGGCGAUGCUAAAUCGCGUGUCGAUGUGCGCGGCGUAUGGGAAGGUUGCGGCCGGCGCGGCGAUAGGGAAGGUCGCUGCGAGCGCGGAAGGGAAGGCGAAAGAGAAGACGGAGAUGGAAGGCGCGGAGGGGGAGGCGGUCGAGAAGACGGAGAUGGCGGCCAGACGUUAG